AUGACAGAGGAACUAUCGGGUGUAACGAUAGUGAUAUUUAUCGCAGCUGGAGUAUUAACAAUAUUAUUAUUGUUCAUUUUUGCAAAACGACAAAUUAUGAGAUUUGCAUUGCGAUCACGUCGCGGUCCUCAUAUUCCGAUCGGACAUGAUGCGCUUAAGUCCCUCAAGAAGGAAAUCGAGAGAAGAAUAGAAGUAAUCCCAAGAAUUCAGUACGAUCCGCCACUUAUCAGCGAUCCUCGAUUUAUCGUAACUCCCCGAGGACAAGUUCCACCCCAUUAUUAUAGACUGAAAGCUGUAGAUGAUGUUAAAAUUUUAGAAGCUGAAAUUACUAAAUAUGAUAGUUGUUUGAAAAGACAUCCAUCUGAAAAUCUGAGAGCAUAUUUACUUGCUACAUUAGCCACUCCAUUGAAUGGAACUGGACAACGAUUGAUCCAUCAGUUCUGUGAUUUGUAUGAACAUGCACGUCAUGAUCCAACAGAAUUUGGAGAUGAAGAGUACCAAGUAUAUACACGUUUGUUUCUCAAGUUAAUGGACGCAGCUCGUUUAUUAAAAUCCUAUCCAAGUAGUAGGAAAUCUAGUCCGAGUCGUACGCCUAUAAAAAAGAACGUUGAUACGAAACGGAACGUGUUGGAACCGAGAAUGAAAUUACCGGAGGAUCAAAUAUUAACUGGCUCGCGACCGAAUACAUUAACGGUCAUGGCUCUAGAUAAUAGCGAAACAUCUGUUUAGCAUUAUGAAAAUCGUCACAUACAUCACAUGUGACGAAAUGUUCAUUCAUUAUUGCUAAACGUCGGGUUACGUGAAACUGCAAUUAUUACGAGCAGACAAUUUAUUAUAAAAAUUGUUUGCUUCUAAAAUGUACAACUUACAAUCAGACGUUGAUGUCAGUCUUAAUAGAUAAAUA